AUUAUUUUCCACCAGCUAGUGAUGUAGUGUUUGUGUCAUGUGCCGUGUACGUACAUGAGCCGUAGAAAAGCCUAUGGAUUGUCUAAUUGAAAAGUGUCAAAAACAAACUUCUUCUUACUUUUAGUAGCUGGUGCGUUAGCAUGGCUGCCACUCUAGCUGUUUUAAUAAUAUAUUAAAUUUUGAUAGAAAAAGUUAAUUUUUUGUGGAUUUCAUAUCAUUUCAUUUGGCAACCGUGAAAAAAGUGUGAUAGCAAAGUGUAUCAAAAAUCCAACUUUCAAAGCAAUAAACAAUACACAGCACAGACUCUAGUUUAAUGAAACAUGGCUAACGUUUUGUUGAGUGAAGCUGAAAAAACAUACAUUUUACACGGAAUUCAGAAGGACUAUAGAAAUGACGGGCGAGCAAACCGCGACUAUCGGCCAAUGGAACUGGAGACGGACAUUGUUGUACAUGCAAUGGGUUCGGCUCGACUUCGACUUGCCAAUACGGAUAUUUUGGUUGCCGUAAAGGCAGACAUCGAUGCACCUAGUUUCGACCGUCCAAAAGAAGGCAAAAUAGAGUUCUUCGUGGACUGUUCUGCAAAUGCGACGCCAGACUUUGAAGGCCGCGGGGGUGAGGCGUUGGCUACAGAAAUUGCAAACACGUUGUCGAAAGCGUACCUUUCCCAGCAGGUAUUCGAUUUAGGCCCGUUGUGUAUUCUAGCUAAACACCAGUGCUGGAAAUUGUAUGUUGAUAUAUUGAUCUUGGAAUGUGGAGGAAAUUUAUUCGAUGCCGUUUCGCUGGCAGUGAAGGCGGCACUUUUCAAUACAAAAUUGCCAAAAGUUUCAUCUGCUGAACUGGAUGGUGGAUCUAUGGAUAUCAUCCUUUCUGACGAUCCCUAUGACUGUGAAAGGUUGGAUAUUGGUCCUGCUCCGUUAUUAGUGACGGUUUGCAAGAUUGGAGAUCAUUGCGUGGUUGAUCCCUCAGCUGAAGAAGAGGAGUGCAGUGCCAUUAGCGUUGUGAUUGGCGUAUCCUACCGCGACGAUCAAGGAUCUAUCACGUCGAUAAGAACGUCUGGCGAAGGCUCAUUUCACGCAGAUACCUUAAACAAGAGCAUAGAUCUUGGUAUCAGUGCGGGUAUUUUUCUUGAUAAGGCACUGAUGGCUACGCUCAAAACUGACGAAGAAAGAAAUGCUAAACCUUUAGGGGAAAAAGAUAUCUUUGGAUUUAUGAAAUAAAUAGUUUGGAUGUUAAA